AUGCGCGAUGAUCUCAAGGGUCGAAACUUGACUUUCACUGAAAUAGCUAAGCUUGUUGGGGAGCACUGGCAGAAUUUGACGCCGGGUGAGAAGGAGCCUUACGAGACAUCAGCCCUCAAAGCAAAGGAAAAGUAUAACCAUGACUUGGCCGAGUAUAAAAAGACGGCAGAGUAUAGGAAGUACAACCUUUACCUACAAGACUUCAAGGCGAGACAGGCCUCCGCCAAUCAAGCCGUGGUCAUGAGGUUAACUCUGAUUUUAGCAAAAGAGUCCUCUAAACGCCAGAAGCUGGAUACUGGCGCUCGGCUGCAGAACGGUAGUGCAAGCGCGACGCCGGGUAGCCUCAGCAGCACCGGGAGUGGCAGCGAGAGUCACCAAGGGAGUGAGCCGCCCCCAAACCGGAAGCAGCGAGUCGGUUCUGUGGUAUCAGUAUCGGAGUCUCAAUACUCGACGGCUGUCCCGACGCCAAUUUCGCAUCACCAUGCCGUAGACGACUCGGUGCACUCGCCCACCAGCACUCAGUUCGACCGAGAAAGCUUGCACUCAACAAGUCCCCACUCGGAGUCGUCGCCCAACCUGGACGGAGAACCAACUAAACCCAGACGCGAUUGGACCCACGACUCACUUGCCGUCGCUGUCGGAUGUGUUCAGUAA